AUGGCCCAAUACACCAACACUGCCGCCGCCGCCAGUCCGGCUGUCAAUUCGACCCCCGGCAACCAGUCCGGCCCGGAUUCUCAAAAAGGCACGUCGUCAGCCGCCAACGACACUCCGCAGGACGACAAUGCGGGCCAGGCUGGCGCCGCUGGUGCCAACGCGCAGCACAAGCGCGUCUAUCAAGCCUGCAUUCCCUGUCGUCGCCGUAAAGUAAGAUGCGAUCUCGGGAGCGUCGACAACCCGCACGAUCCUCCCUGUGUCCGCUGCCGUCGCGAGUCCAAAGAGUGCUUCUUCUCCGCCACGCGCCGCAAGCGCAAAACUGAGGACGACGGCAGCGAUCUCGAAGACUACAUAAUCAGAAACGGUCGCCGCAAGCUCCAAGCGACCAGCACAAGCCCCGCACGCAUUGAGCGCAUAACAUAUGCCGAUUCGCCUGCUGCUCAGGGCAGCACCAACUGGCGAAGCCAGCCUCUGCGCCGACCCGAUGGCGGUCGCCGCGAUAAGAGGACCGGCGACUACUCCGAGGAUGAGGGCAAUCAGACUCUCGAGAAUCUCGAAGCCCAGUCCGUCAUGCGCCAGACUGUGUACGGCCCCCACGAUGCGCUCGACCUCCUCUACAAGGCCGCCACGGAUGGUAGCCCGGCUUCCAAUCACCAACGCGCUAGCAGCAUCGUUUCUGCCUCUGCUGCUGCAGCGCCCACAUCUGCCGCCUCUACAUCCCAUACGAAUCCUAUUGGUCUUCAUAAUAGACGUCACUCUUCCAUUCGCGAACUUCCUCGCCAACCGUCCGCCUCGGCCCGUCCUGCCCAAGUCGAGCACCACACCUCCGACCUGGCCUCUCACCCCGCAUAUGCCGAUGCCAUCAAGGCGUGGUCCAGAUUCCGCUUCGUUCGCGCCGGCUGGUUCACUGCACAAGAAGCAAUCGAAUAUAUUGACUACUAUUACAAAUAUCUUUCUCCUCUCACGCCCAUCUCACCGCCCACAUUUAGCAACCCCGCCUCGCACUUCACCCUCCUUACGGAAGAACCCAUCCUUACCGUCACUCUCCUCACCAUUGCCUCUAGAUAUCGCCAGAUUCCCGGCACCGGCGGGCAAUGUCGUUCACACGCCAUCCCCGAGCAGCUCUGGACAUAUCUUCGAGGGAUGAUAGAACGCUGUCUGUGGGGUCAAGAGGCCUUUGGCGGCGGUUUCUGCGGCUCCGGCGGCUCUGCUACGACUGCCAUGCUGAGUGAGGAGACAAGUAGUACCGCUCCCUGGCGAGGUCUGCGCAAAGGCAGCCUGCGAACUCUCGGCACCAUUGAGUCGUUGCUUAUCCUCACCGAGUGGCAUCCCCGCGCGUUACACUUUCCUCCGCAAGAGGCCACAGACGAGCUCGUCAUUCCCAUGGCAGAGUCCUCGCCCCUAAUGGCCACAGAAGACGAGAUGGCUCGCCCGACUGGUGGUAACUUUGGUGGAAAGCGAAUCGAGAGCUGGCUCGAGCCAGCCUGGCGAAGUGAUCGCAUGUGCUGGAUGCUGCUCAGCACAGCCAUGGGUCUCGCUUAUGAGCUCGGUGUUUUCGAUGACAUUGACGCUAUGCUCAAGGACGACGCCAUUACCCGCCCGGAAUAUCGUGACGAAGCCUAUCGCAUGCGUGCCAAUCGUAUCAAGCGUCUCCUCCUUAUAUACACCUCUCAGCUGGCGGGCCGGCUUGGCUGGACCAGCAUGGCCCCCGAGCACCUCCGUCGCUCUGACCCAGCUGUUGCUCGCAAGCGACCCAUGACAACCGAUGGCAAUACCCCGUCCACCAGCUACUCACUCUCCAACACCUUCAACUACGUGCCCGACCUGGAGCUCGACGACCAAAUCAUUCACUGCUGGGCCGGCAUCAGCAACGCCAUGUAUAUCGGCAACGAAAAGUUUUUCAAGUCUCGUCAGCACACCACCGACAUUAUCCAGAGUGGCAAAUAUGUUCAGUUACUCGGGGAGUACGGCCCCAUGCUCAAGGACUGGUAUCGCGAAUUUGAGCUCUUUCGCCUGCCUCAGUAUAUUCGUUACAUACUGACCAUUGAGUACGAGUAUGUGCGCAUCUACGUCAACUCCCUCUCUCUACAGGCUGUAGUGGAACGUUGCACCAACAAUGCUACCCAGACGGUAUCCAACAACUCCAACGGCCAAGGAGCUCAGCCAACACUGUCUCCUGCGACACUCAUGACGUACGGCAAGCUCCCGAUUGGCCAACUGGGCGGUUUCACUGCCCAAGAUCAAGAAUACGUACGCGAGGUUGUCGAUGGCUGCCGCAAGCUGCUGCAUACCGUAGUCGACGGUCUCCUGCCAGGUGGUUACCUCAAGCACGCACCUGUACGCACAUAUUUCCGCAUCAUUAGUGGAGCAAUGUUCCUGCUGAAGACAUUUGCUCUCGGUGCUCCGCGAGCCGAUGUGCGUAUGAGCAUCGAUCUCAUGGAUUCAACUGUAGAGGCGCUCCGCAACUGCGUGGUCGAUGACGUCCAUCUUGGACUUCGAUUCGCCGACCUGCUCGAGACGCUGACCAGCCGUCUCCGAAACCGAUUCAUUCAGGCGCCCACGGGUCCGCUCUCUGGUAGGGAGCAGAGCCCAGUGCCCGACUCAGGCGCCCACGGUGCGCAAGCCGAGAGCGGCUGGUCCGGACACGCUCAGAAGCUGCGCGACGGACUUAAUGGCCAGCGCCGCGCUCUGUCCCCUACCAUGGAAGGUAACAUCUCUGCGACUCCGUUUGACCUCGGCAACGGCAGCUUCCACUACCACCCUCCCGUCUCCGCGGGCCCCGCUACGCCCGCGGCCCUGGAUAAUAGCGGCGGCACCGUCGGCGGCAUGGACGUGACGCUGUUCGAGGAGUGGAACAACCCCGGCAACGAGAUGUGGUAUCUGCCCGCCGGCCCGGCGUUUUUCCAGAACAUGGGCGACGGUGGCGUGUCCAUGACGGCCGAGGGCGUCAACGUUGGCGGAUUGGAUCUGCUCGAGUACAUGGCCAUGGACCCCGUGCAAUUUUCCGCCUUGGAACCCGGCGGCUCUGCGCCCAGCGGAGGUACCCAACCCCUGUAG